AUCUUGUUGUUUGAGACUGGUUUCAGUUGGUUGGGGACGCAUCUAAAAGACUUGGACCUUUUUUUCCAACAUCAUCUAUUCUGGAACCAGACAGAUUUGAAAUUAUUUUCUAAAGGUACGAAGAAUUUGAAACCCUAAUGGAGGAUAAAUUGAGUACAAUCCUUAAAAACAGUAAAUCAAUAAAAGGACCCACUACAAGAUAUAUACUCAACACAACAAAGAUAACUGAAGGGAGAAUCCUGAAGAAAGAGAGAAUUGGAGAAAAAGAUGAAAAACCUUCUAAGAUCAUACUCAUGGUUGGAGAAACAGGAGCAGGGAAAACCACUCUCAUAUGUGCAAUGAUUAAUUAUAUCAUGGGUGUCAGAUGGGAGGACGGAAUUUGGCUGGAGGUGGUCGAGAUAUCAGAAGAAAGUGAGUCGCAUACAACAGAAGUCACAGUUUAUGAGGUUUUUGCACCAAACAGUCAAUUCUCUCUCACCAUUAUUGACACACCUGGAUUUGGUGACGCAAAUGACCAAGAUAAAGACAAACUCAUCGGCGACACGUUACAGGAGUUGUUCAGAUCUGAGGACGGGAUUCAUGAGAUUGAUGCAGUGGGUCUUGUGCUGAAGGCAACAGAAAAUCGCCUUCAUGAGAGACAGCGUUAUGUUCUAAGUGAAAUUCUGUCAUUAUUUGGCAAAGAUGUAGAAAAACACAUUAUUAUACUCUUCACAAAUUCUCAUGAAAAGGUCCCUAAAAAUCCCCUAAAGUUAUUAAAAAAAUACAAAACUCCAUGUGCAAAAAUAAAAGAUGAUCAGCCUGUUUAUUUUAGGUUUGACAACUGUCAGAGUAAUCGUUAUGAUGAGGAAGAGAGAGAGAGUUACAAAUCAUCAUGGGAUCAAGGAAUUGAAAGCUUCAAGCAGUUCUUUGAUUAUCUAAAAAGGCUACACCCAAAAAGUUUAAAUAUGACUGAAGGUGUUCUGAGAGCACGAAAGCAACUGAAUGCCAGUGUCAAUAAUUUAAAGAAUCGAAUCGUAUUGACAGAACUCAGACAAACAGAGCUUGAACAAACACAAACAGCUGUAAGGGAAUUUAAAAAUUACAGAGAAGAACAGAAGAACUUUCAAUAUGAAGUGGAUGAACCUUACAAUGAUUUGGUUGGGAUAGAGUCAUCAUGGUGGCACUUAAGCAAACAUGCAACCCGCUGCACUGUGUGUGAAGAGAACUGUCACUAUCCAGGAUGCUGGUGGGUCAAAGAUCUCUCAUGGUGUAGUGUGAUGACAGAGGGAAAGUGUACAGUCUGCAGUGGGAAGUGUGACCACACUAAACAUGUGAAAGAUGAUAAAAUAUAUGAAAUUAAGACAAGAAGAGUCACAAAAACACGUGAGGAUCUGAAAGAGAAAUAUGAAAAUGAAUUUGGAGAAAAACAGAGUUUAUUGUGCAGACUAGAGAAUGAAAUCAAGCAGAUUGAGAGAGAGAAGAUCAGACUUGUUGAAGAGUGUUAUCAGUGUUUGGAGAAAUUAAUGGAAACUGCAUUAAAAUUCACCAGCAUGUCAUGUUUCAGACAUCUGGACUUCAUGAUUGAGAAAAUAAAAGAAACUGGAAAACAGGAAAGAGUUCAGAAACUUGAGGAACUUAAAAUUAGUGCUCAGAUGGAAAAUGUGGGCCUAUAUCAAGAUAAGCAAUGAAUCAUGUCAAGAAGACAUUUUUUAUAACUGUUUUUCUUAUGUGAUUGUUUAGAAUACAGUAUGUGUUAUUGUUACUCACAGGUUAUUCAACUGUUACAGUGAGGGUUCAUUUUCAUAUUGCUCUACUAAAUAUUUGCUGUAACAAUGAAGCUGCAUAAUUUCCAAAACAGGUACUGCAAGCCUAUGUGUGAUAUGGCUACGCUUAAUUCAUAUGCAUUUUGAAACACAAUAUACUCUAAUUUAAUUUACAUUUUCU